AUUCAACAAAUCCUACUCGGCAAGAGGAAAAAGACGAAAUUAAUAUAUAAUAAUAGAAUAUUAUACCGUGAUAAUAUUGCCAAGCGAUCUUAUUUGUGUCUUCAGCAUCAGCAAUUGGGCAACGAAAGCCACGACCUCAAAGGUACGACAGCAAACGAAAGCAAGAGCAAGCCAGCCAGCCAACCAGCGCAGCAACAACAACAACAGCAGCAGAAAGUCAGUCAGCAGCCACCACAGAAGAUACGAGACCGACCGAGACCGAGUCAGCCAGCCCGAAAAAGAGCCCAAGACAGCAGCAGCAGCAAGCAUAAUGCCACUCUUCGGGAAGUCACAGAAGUCGCCAGUGGAGCUGGUCAAGUCGCUGAAGGAGGCAAUCAAUGCCUUGGAGUCGGGCGACCGAAAAGUGGAGAAGGCGCAGGAGGACUGCAGCAAGAAUCUGGUGUCCAUCAAGAAUAUGCUAUACGGCAGCAGCGACACAGAGCCGCCAGCGGACUACGUGGUCGCGCAGCUGUCGCAGGAGCUGUACAACAGCAAUCUGUUGCUGCUGCUCAUACAGAACCUGCACAGGAUCGACUUCGAGGGCAAGAAGCAUGUGGCGCUGAUAUUCAACAAUGUGCUGCGGAGACAGAUUGGCACCCGGUCGCCCACAGUGGAGUACAUCUGCACGAAACCGGAGAUCCUGUUCACACUGAUGGGCGGCUACGAGGAUGCGCACCCAGAGAUUGCCCUGAAUUCGGGCACCAUGCUGCGGGAGUGCGCCCGCUACGAGGCCCUGGCCAAGAUCAUGCUCCACUCGGACGAGUUCUUCAAGUUCUUCCGGUAUGUGGAGGUGUCCACCUUCGAUAUCGCCUCCGAUGCCUUUUCCACCUUCAAGGAGCUCCUCACGCGCCACAAGCUGCUGUGCGCGGAGUUCCUGGACGCCAACUACGACAAGUUCUUCUCGGCGCACUACCAGCGGCUGCUCAACUCGGAGAACUAUGUGACACGGCGCCAGAGCCUGAAGCUGCUGGGCGAGCUGCUGCUGGACCGGCACAACUUCACCGUGAUGACGCGGUACAUUUCCGAGCCGGAGAACCUCAAGCUGAUGAUGAACAUGCUGAAGGAGAAGUCGCGCAACAUCCAGUUCGAGGCGUUUCACGUCUUCAAGGUGUUCGUGGCGAAUCCGAACAAGCCGAAGCCGAUCCUGGACAUCCUGCUGCGAAACCAAACGAAACUGGUCGACUUCCUAACCAAUUUCCACACGGACCGAUCCGAGGACGAGCAGUUUAACGACGAGAAGGCCUAUCUGAUCAAGCAGAUAAAGGAGCUGAAACCGCUGCCCGAGGCCUAGUUGACCAUCGAUGGAUGGUCAAUGUCGGCGCCUGGGGCAAACGAACCGUAACGAGAACGAGAUCAAGAACAGGAACAUCAUCUGGGCCAUCGAUGGUGGGUCAGUCAGAAAGCCAGCCAGCCAGCCAGCAGGAAGGAAGGAAGGAGAAAAAGGUUUUGUGUGUGGGUUAAAGCAAAUAUAUAUUAUAUAUACUAUACUAUAUUUUGUGACGAUGAGACAGACGAUGACUACACUUGUGAGUAACUAAACAAUAAUUUAGACACCAACCACAAUGAUAAUGAUAAAACAUAACGAUAAAGCUAAACAAAACAAAACACAAAAAACAAUGAGUAAGAGUAAAUAGCGUAAAGAGAAGUAAUAAUGUUGCGAAUUUAACAUAUAAAUACAUUAAACACACGACCCCGAACCGAACCGCACCGAACCCCGGCACGGCCCGGCGCUCUCCACAACGGCCACGGCCACACCUCUCGCAUCGCCCCGCCUCCUCGCCUCGGCUCACCUCAAUCCAGCUUUUAUGUUGUUCAUUCUUUCUUUCUUUUCUGUCUUUUUUUUGUCCACGUUCCACACGAAGUGAUUCGAUUCGAGAGUGUGUGCGGUUCGUUGUUGUUUUUCCAGUUAAGAGUCGUCGGAUUGGAGUGGAUUGGAUUUGAUUCCUCAUCGUUUGCUUUUCUUUUCCCCUCUAGACUUAUUUUCCUAUUCCCCUAUUCAAAAUAGUUGUAUUUGAAAUUUAAGCGUUUUUUAAAAACAAACCAACACGCCCCCACCCUGCCCACUGUCCCUUGCCCUCCUGCCACCAGCCUCCUGCCUGACUGAGGAAGUCAAUGAAGAUUCGAAAUGAGUUUUGACCUAAAAAUGUAAUUCCACGCAAAAUUCAUGA